AUAUGUUAAUUGCGUCAUUUGAGAAUUGAGUUUUGCAUCGACGAGUUUUGUUAGGCAGGAGUAUUGAAGACAAAGUUCACAUUUUACCAGCUAUAUUUUAUAUUUUAUAGAAGACUUGAAUUUGUAGGUUGUUCUAAAAGUAUCUAAAUGGUUAUAUCAACUAAUAAAACCACGUCUUUUGACCAGAAUUUUAUACACAAUGAAGAAGAAACGUCGCAAGGUAACCGACCUUUGUCUGGAACGACCUCAAAUAAGAAGAUGGAAACCAAUUUCGAACGUGGAAAACUGCAUUGCUUCAAACUUGGCCGCCGCCCAGGGUGGUGUUCCUGAUGACUCUUCGGGUUUUGAAACCUUCAUUCUUGAAGGGUCAGAAGACGAAGCUGACUCAGACGGUUUAUUCAUCAGUCGCCUUUUCUCUGAUGAUGGUUUGUUGAGCACCUCUGAGAAUAGUGUAUCUUUGCGGUUUGUGCACAAACUGACGGAUAACUUGACCGUCAAGUGGGAUGCCGUGUUGUGCAACAACUGUCUCUAUGUGGAGAUCGUGGAUCUGCCGGAUGGAAGUAGGGACAGUUUUGUUUCUCUGCUUGACUUUGCUGAGGAGGAGCUACACUGUAGUCAUGUGGUGGUUUGUUUCUUGAAAGAUAGGAACACAAGGAGUUCAAUGACGAAGACGUUUAUGUAUCAGGGAUUUAGUCCAUUGCCUCCUCAGUGUCCGCUUGUUUCUCGAAAAAAUGCCAACUUUUUCUUCAUGGGUUACAAACUUGACUAAGAAAGAAGGUGUUGAAUAAAUUGUUGGAAUUGUAGAAUGUGGCGGGGGACUAAAAAACAACAUUAUGCAAAACCUAACCUCACAUUUAAACUAAAAUUUAGUUGUACUAAUUAACACAUAUAAGCAACAGGUUUUAAAAGGAUAUAUUAAAAGAUGUUAAAUUUUAAAGAGAAAUUGUGCUGGUAUGAUUAUCUGGAAUUAUAUACUGCGAGAUUGGAUCUGACAGUAAUUAUGUGUAGAGCAUUGAUAUUGGUUUUGUUGGGAUUAUGUGUUAAAAGUUAAUAUUGUAUUUAGUUCUAAACUUAGUUUAAUGUUAUAUGCAUUAUUGUUUGCCUGUUUUCAUGCAGUGAGUUACAUGUUAUUUUAAAACAAGUAUAAAUUAUUUUUUUGUCAUCAGUCUGUGCACACACGUUAAUAUUCCUACACGAAACUAUUUCAUUUGUUUUUUACAGACUCUAAAAAAAAUUGAAGUAACCAUUGUUUAUGACCGGUGCUUAAAAAUAUUCUUACCGAAUUCAUACUUAGCAGCAUAUUUGCCUAUCAUUUGCUUAGUAUUUGCAUAUUAUUUGCUUAGUAUUUGCAUAUAUAAUAAAUUGGAUUUAUUGCUUUAAA